UCUAAUUCCUUCGAUACUUGAUUUUGCUUCGGAGGCUCAACAAAUCGAAACUAAAUGUCAUCUACAAGGAUUAUUUGAAAAUGAAAAAGAGAAUUAUCAAACGUUUAUUACUAAUUCAUUAACUCAAUCAACAUCUCAAUCAAAACCUUCAACAAAAACGAAAACUCUAGUGGCGCGACUCUCCAAAACUAAAGUAGCUGUUAUUAAUGAAGUUGAAGAAUAUAUUCGGCUACAAGAAAUUUCUUUAGGUUCGAAUCCUCACACGUGGUGA